UUUGGAUACCUCUCAAAAUAGCAAUUCCUGAACCAGGAGAUUUACCUAUAGUACAAGUAUCUCUUACACGUCACGCAUCAUACGAAUAUCAUAUUAAAGUCGGACGUGCUUUAGCAUCAUUAAGAGACGAAGGAGUUGUUAUUAUUGGUUCUGGUAUGAUGGUCCAUAACUUAAGAGAUUCGUUCGGAAAUUUUGAUCGUUCAACAAAUUCCAUUACGGGAGAAGCACGCUCGUAUACUACACGCUUUGUAAAAGAUAUGGAUAAAAUCUUGUUAGAAAGUAAUGGCGAAGAAAGAGAAAAACAAUUAAUUAAGUUGAUUGACCACCCAGUUCUGAGACAAGCGCAUCCAACUGAUGAUCAUUUGGUUCCCAUUCAUGUCGCAACCGGUGCUGCGGGGCAAGAUCCGGCUGAAAAAAUUUUCGAUCUUUGUGCGGCUGGGAUGAGUUCAGGUUCAGUGGCAUUCUGUGCUCGUGGAUAA